AUGAAGUGUUUUUCCAUUUUGAUUCUUUUGAAUAUAUUUUACUUGAACAAUGCAAAUGGAAAAAUUUAUUAUCGUUUCACAAAAAUCGAAUGUGGCACUUCAUUAAAAUCUGCCAGUUCAUUUUAUUGCUAUUUGAAAGCUUAUCGGAAAAACUUUCCUAUGAUAAAUGCUGGCUUUAAUUUGACUCGCCCGAUUACUGACGGAAAGGUGUACUUGCGAAACUUUCGUCUAACUGGUGGUGGAGAAUAUGAGAAAAUUUUUGAGUAUCCAAAAAUUGAAUAUUGCAAGAUAAUCAACGGCGCAAGCUCAAGUCCAUUUCUUGAAGCAUUCAUAAGUUAUGGAGAAACAUUAAAUUCUAAUUUUCGUGAUUUUUGUAAGAAAUCUGGAAUGAUUUGGAUUGCAAACAUUUCUUUCGAUGAUUCAAUGCUUUUGCGAAUGUUUCCUUCAGGAAACUACAAGACACAGUACAGGCUUUAUGAUAACGAUGAUAGCAAUAUUUUAAAUUUAACUUACUUCGCACGCCUCAUUCAUAAGUGA